AUGAAUAAAUCACUGAAAUUCCUUAUGAUUUUUCUAUAUAGUAUGGAUAUCAUUGCUUUUAUAUACCUGUAUACUCUAAGCUUCUUCUAACUUUCUUUCAAAGGGAUUUGCAGGAAAAUCAAAUUAACAUGUUUGUUCCUUUUUUUUUUAGCUCCAUGUGCUCCAACUAACCUGGUAGUCAAAACUGAAUGUGGUGCUAACUUGGCGAUUCUCAACUGGACUCCCAGUUUAUACGCCAUCUCCUACAGAGCUACCUUUACUGGAACCCAUAACCACACUGUUUCCUGUUCUACUAAUUCAACAACCUGCUCAGUAAAAGUCGACUGUGGACACCAGUACUCAGCAGUUGUGGUUGCUUCCACCGCAUCAUGCAGCAGCAGUUCUUCACCUUUAACUUUUAACUCAGGUAAGAGUUCAACUUUUGUAUUUGCUUUGAUCAGAAAAAUCACCGACCAGAUCGUGGAAUGGAAACGUUUUCUUCCUCCAAAACAGCUCCCUGUCUGCCUGACCACCUGCAAGCCGAGCUGAACUGCAGCACCAACAGCUUUUUUGUGCACUGGAGAGGAAGCGUCGGGAAUGUUGGUUUGUACACUGCCAUCGCCAUUGGCAGUGACGGCUCCCGUGUGAGCUGUAAUUCCACCAGUCCUGAAUGCACCAUUCACAACCUGAAGUGUGGCCUCCUGUACAGCAUCGUUGUCACCAUUUCAUCUGUUGACUGUGCCGUCAUCCAGGGCUCAGACUACCAGAUCUAUUCAGCUCCUUGUAAACCAGACCAAGUGUCUGUGAGUUUGCAGUGCAGCACUAACGUGGCAUUGAUCACCUGGGAGCACUCAGGCCCUGACCAGACUCAGGAGGUCACAGCGACAGACAGUAGAGGACUCACAGCUACCUGCUACUCCAGCGGCUCCAACUGCACCUUCAACCAGCUGAGCUGUGGAAAGACGUAUGCCAUCAGUGUGGUAGGCCGCACCAACUCAUGCAGCAGUGAGCCGGCUGUCGCCCAGGUGCUCCAAACAGCCCCGUGCGUUCCCACCCACGUCGUAGCAAUCGUAAACUGUGAUGUCAAUAUUACCAUGGUUACGUGGGAUUCAGCGCUUGGGGCCACAUCAUACACCGUCUAUGCCCGGGGUAGCCUUGGCCACACUUCUAAAUGCAACAGCACCAGCAGUAGCACUGAGUGCAACUUCUUUGACCUGGGGUGUGGGCAGGAUUACAACAUAACCGUGGUGGCCUUUCAUGACACCUGUUCCAGUUUGGUUAGUGAGACCAUCACUGUGACCACAGGUCCUUGUCCUUAUAGUGGUUUGAAGGCCACACUAGACUGUAACACAAACACGGUUGAGGUUUCUUGGACUCCUGGCAGAGGGAUCCUUUAUUAUGAUGCCAAAGCUAAACCAUUUAACAGUGUUCAAACACAGGGGUGCUCAAACAAUGGUUCUUCGUGUAACAUUAGCUCUUUGCAAUGUGGAGAAACAUACAGCGUUAGUGUCACCGGACAGGGAGAAAAUUGUCCCAGCCCUUCAAACUUUUGGCGCAGAAUUAUAACAGCUCCGUGUCCUCCCACCAACAUGAGGAUAGACUCUUCCUGUGAAUCCAACAACAUCACCGUUUCAUGGGAGGCUUCGCAAGGAUCAGUCUCCUACAUGGCAGUGGCAGAAAACACAAAAGGCGACCAGUGGUCCUGUAACACCAGCAGUACCACCUGCCAAAUACCUGAUCUGCUGUGUGGCCAGGAGUACAAGGUCUUUGUUGCUGGUAUAGAUGAGAACUGCUUCGGAGCCAGGAGUGGCAUGAAAACUAUUCACACAGCACCAUGUGUGCCAGAGAACAUCCAGGACCAUCUCGAUUGUCCGUCUGGUGUUCUCAACCUAACCUGGCAGUCAACAGGUCACUUUUUGCAGUUCCAUGCCUCUUUAAGGAGCAAGACAGGUCACAUCACUGGCUGCACAACAGCUAAACCUUACUGUGUAGUGCACAACAUGAAUUGUGACAUGACCUAUGAGGUGACAGUAAGAGCCCAAGAUAAGGCCUGCAACAGUUCCCUGAGCCCAGUAAAAACAGUCAUUGCAGCUCCCUGCCCACUCUCCUCCUUCCUUCCUGUAAUAAAUUGUGCCACGGGAGUUGCAUCUAUCACCUGGAACACCAGCAUCACAGGAUUGGUGCACUCUGUGACUGCAGUUGAUGCUGCAGGUCAAAAGCAUAACUGCAGUGGCACAGACACAGGAUGCAAUCUCAGCUCACUGAAGUGUGGGACAGAGUACAACGUUACCAUAACACCAUCCAGGAAUGAAUGUGUGGGCAAAAGCAGUCCUACAGAGAUGAUUAAAACUGUUCCCUGCGUUCCUUAUCUGUCGGAUGUUGAGAUCGACUGCCUUGCAAACUCAGCCUGGGUGAUGUUUAACAGCUCUGAUGGAGCUGAAGACUAUAUCGUCAUGGCUACGGACAGUUUGGGCGCCGUCCAGACAUUUGACUGUAACUCCAGGACAGAUGGGACGUGUUCUCUCCCACCACUGCCGUGCAGCCAAAAUCUCACUUUUACCCUGAUGGCACAAGACCAGCAGUGCACAAGUUCACCCAGUAACAUUGUAGUCACUGAGACUGCUCCCUGUCCCCCUGAUAAUAUAAAGGAGUUAGUAAACUGCGAGAAUGGAACCAUGACCAUCACCUGGUCAGCUGUUCCUGGUGCAGUUACAUACACGGCCAUGAUAGAAGAGAUAAAUGGAGGCAAACCCAGCUGCUGCACCACAUCGAAAAGUGGCUGUGAAAUUUCCGGUCUGCCUUGUGGAGAAAUGUACAUCCUGCAUGUCACAGCUGAAGGGAGAAUGUGCAACAGCUCAGAGAGUCAAGGACUCAUCACCAGAACAGUGCCAUGUGUUCCUGAAAGGCUGGAAGCUAAUCUGAGGUGCAGCAACAAUGUGGCCUCCAUGUCUUGGGGCUUCAGCAAUGGGGGACAGCUUUACACAGUGACAGCAGUGGGCACAGAUGGCCACGUUGACCAAUGCAGAUCUCCUGACAGCAAGUGUGAUCUGUUGAAUCUCCACUGUGGAGAGCAUUAUACAGCCACUGUGACUGCUGAGGACAUAGAGUGCAAGAGCAAACCAAGUGAGAGAGUGACCAUCAAGACUGUGCCAUGUACUCCUGCAAACAUCUCCUCUGUGAUGGACUGUGAAGCCAAUGCAUUGAUUGUUUCCUGGUCUGAGAGCCCUGGAGCUGAUUCCUACAUCGCCUCAUUGCGGGACAGCAACAAUCAGAUCACUUCCUGUCAGGGCACAACAACAGGCUCUUGUAAUGUCACAGGACUUGGCUGUAGUCAAAUUUAUCAAGCCUCUGUGGUCUCCUCUGAUGGAUACUGCAGCAGUCCCCCCUCUGUUGUGGUUGAGACACCCUCAGCACCCUGUAAACCAAGAUACAUCAAAGCAAUGAUGGACUGUUACACAAGGACGGCUGAGGUUUCUUGGUAUCCAAGUAUUGGAGCUUUGUCAUACGAGGUCUUGGCCAUGUCUGCGUCUGGAAGCAGUGCAGUUUGUGAGACCAACAUGACCACCUGCACACUAGAAGGGCUGCUUUGUGGUCACAGCUACUCUGUGUCUGUCAAAGCUAUUGGAGACUCCUGCAACAGCAUCGCUGACACGAGUGGACUACUGGUCACAGAGCCUUGCAUCCCUGAUCACAUCACCGCUCAGUACAGCCUGACGAUUGGUCAGGUGCAGUGGGAUUUGGCCAGUGGAGCUGUAAACUACACAGUCAUUGGUGAAACAGACCAAGGACUUGUAGUCUCUUGCACUACCAGCGACACCUAUUGUGCAUUGUACAACAUGGGCUGUGGACAAAUCUACAACAUCACAGUUGGAGCGCACAAUGAAGCGUGCAGCGAUGUGUCUGUCUCUACUGUAGCAGCUACCAUUAUGACAGAACCGUGUCCACCCAAUAAUGUGCAGACAAGCGUGGACUGUCGAACAAACCAGGGAACCGUGUCAUGGGAGACCAGCUUUGGUGCCAUAGGCUACGAGGCUCAGCUCUCUGGACGUGACGGACACUCACUGACCUGCCUUACCAACGACACUUUCUGCAGUGUAGAAAACCUCCACUGUGGAGUCAUCUAUUACACUACUGUCAUUGCCAUCGGGGAGACACUCAACAGCAGCAUGUCUACCACUGUCUUGCUGAUUUCAGGUCCAUGCACAGCUGGAAACGUGGCAGCUAGCCUCGACUGCUACAACAACACAGCUGAGGUCUCCUGGAGCCCUGCCAUCGGGGCCAGCUCUUACAUUGUGACUGCAGUGGCAACAGAUGGCUUUGUGGCUUCCUGUGUGACCAAUGAGUUCCACUGUAACCUGACAGAGCUGCAGUGUGGUCAGGUGUACAACGUAACUCUCACAACCGUCAGCGAGCAAUGUCAGAUUGAGUCAUAUGCCAAUGUUUCCUUCGACUCACUGGAUGAGGAAAGUGAGACGGACAGAAAUGAGGGAUAA